AUGGGGCUGGUAUUAGUAGGCUGGUAUCGAAGUAACAUCUCAUCUAUUUCAAAUUCGGUUAUUACUCAAACUGAUAUUACAAAACAACAAGCAAUGCAAAUACCACAUCCAAAUGCUGCUGGUAUUAUCAUUUCAAUAUCCACAACAGGAUUUCCCUCACUAGGUCCAAAAGGACAAAUAUCAGACGGAAUGACUAAUACGUUUUAUGUUUUUAGAACAACUGAAAAUACUGUCAUUAGUAACUUUGAAACUAUUAAUACAUCAUCACAAGGUACCAAACCUAAAAAUGGUAAAAUAUGGAAAGGAAAAGGCAAGGAAUUGCCCAAGGUUAACAGGGUAACAUUUAGUGUGAACAAACAAUUAUAUACUUGUCCAAGCGUUAUGCAACAACUUUGUUGCGCAUUGAUGACAAUUCUUCGUGAAUCCAAGCAGGUAUAUAAUGGACAAGUAUUGGAUUGCGAGAAUAGAAUUGGUCAAAAGGUAUUUGUUGACUCACAGUAUGAAUCGUUUCUUAUGAAUUUUUUGAGGAAAUCAGUAGUACAGAUUGAUAGGUCGGUGGAUCAAGAUUUUAGAUCAUUGUCAUUUGCAAAAUAUCAUGCUAAAAUGUUAAUAAAAAAGGAAAUGAAAAAAAAUAACCCAUCAGAAUUUGAUAUAAUUAAAUGGCUUAACAUGAAAUCGUCGCUAGUGAGUCAAGAUAUAAUAAAUCAGGAUACCACAAUAAAUUGUUCUACUACAUUAAAUGAUGUUAAUGGUGAUGUUGGUAACGAUGGUGUUGACAACAACAAUGAUGACGGCAAUGAUUUAAUGUCUAUAGAUACAAAUGGUCCUGAUACACUAUUGGGGUAUAAAUUAUCAGGACAUUUUAAAGAAUUUGAUAUAACCAAAAAUGAAUUUGAUUUAAUGAAUGAAAAAUCUGAAACAAACAAUGAAUCUUCUACAAAUAACUUGGCACCCACUACUACAUCCGUUGUUAAAGAAUCAUCGUUAUCAUCUUCGUCUUCAUCAACUUCAACUGCAGCUGCCAUAGAAAAACGUGUUAUAAGAAAAACCAGUAUUGAAUAUAUAAUGUAA